UUUUUUAUGAAGGCAACUCAGCUGGAACAAAUGAAAGAAGAUUAUUCAUUUAUUAUGAAAACUAAAGAAAAUACAUGUAUUCAGAUAGAACAAGGAGAAAGGCGUCUUGAAGAACUUAAGAAAUUUUAUCAUGACAAAAGGGAAUGUUACAAACGCAUUGGGUUUGUGAAUGACAUGCGAAAUCUUCUUGAAGAUUUGAAACAUAAAAUGGCGUGGGCCGUGGUAGGCGAGAUGGAAAAAGAAAUACAGCCGAUCAAAGAAGCCAUCAGAGCUGAAGAACAAAACACAAAGAGGUUUGUUCAGAAGCUAGAAGAAUGCCAGGUAGAAGUGAAUGAAGCAGAAGAAAAGUACAAAGCAAUACAGGAGAAGUUAAUAACAAUAAGUGAAGAAGCACAAGCCCUGCAUCCUCAGUGUAUUUCUUUGAAGGCUGACGUGCAGGCAAGAAGCAAAGCAGUCAAUGAAGCCGAGGUAGUUUAUAAUCGUUUCAAAAUUGAGUUGAAACGUCUGGAAAAAGAUGAUGAGCAGCUACGUACACGCAUUGAAGAACUGAAGAGCAGUGCUAAUCAGGUUUCAGAGCCUGAAAAAUUGGAAAGACAGAGGAAAAUUGCACACUUAAGGGAACAGUUAAAGGCAUUCCAUGAUGAAGAAAUAAUGAUUGGUCAACAGGUGGAGCAGUUUCAGCAAGCUAUAUAUAAGUGUAAGGAAGAACAUGCUAGACUUAGGAGAGAAGAAUGUGAUGCAAAACAAGCACUGGACGCCAAGCAGAAACAGCUGAGGGAGCUGAAAGACAGUAAAACGAAUACCUUGAAAAGAUUUGGACCACAUAUACCAGCAUUUCUUGAAGCAAUUGAAACAGCCUAUAGGCAAGGACGCUUUAGACACAAACCUAUUGGACCUUUAGGUGCUUUCAUUCGUCUGAAAGAUGCUGAACUGACCUUGGCUGUUGAAUCUUGUUUAAAGAGCCUAGUUCAGGCAUUUUGCUGUGAUAAUUAUAGUGAUGAAAGAAAUCUUCAGCUACUGAUGUCAAAAUAUUAUCCACGUGGAUUUAGACCUCAAAUAAUUGUAAAUAAAUUUCAGAAUAAAAUUUAUGAUGUUAGACACAGAGGAGUUCAUCAUCCAGAAUUCCCAUCGGUUCUCACAGCAUUGGAAAUAGAUCAUGCAGUGGUUGCCAAUUGUUUGAUUGAUGUGAGGGGUAUAGAAACCAUCCUGCUGAUUAAAAGUAGCCAUGAAGCUCGUAAAGUAAUGCAGUGUAGUCAGCCUCCACGAAAUUGUAGAGAAGCUUUCACUGCUGAAGGUGAUCAAGUAUUUCAAAGACGGUAUUACUCUUCUGAUUACCGAAGACCCAAGUUCCUAAGCAAAGAUGUUGAAGCAGAAAUAAGUCACUUGAAGAAGGAAAUUGAAAACAAAAUGGCACAGUUGACAGCAUUUCAGCAACGUUUAUAUUCCACUGAAAAUGAGAUUAGGCAGAAUGAAGGUCAUCUUCGUGAUCAUCGGCAACACCAAAAAGCACUACAGAUAAAAAUGAGAACAACAAACGCAGAAAUAGCAGAUCUUGAAAAUAUCGAAGAACACCAGCCAGUGGACAUCCGUACAUUAGAAGAUGAAGCUGAAGAAAAUAAGGGUAAGAUGGAAUCUGUAAAAAAAGACAUGAAGCAACAAAGCAGAAAAAUGGAAGAACUGAAAAGUAUUCUGCAGGUAGCUGAAAAAAAAUUUGAAGAAAUAAAAGAAAAAAUUCAUCAAGUAGAAGAAGUUGCUGGUCCAAUUAAGGAUGAAUUAAACCAAGCUGACUCAGAACUGGAAAACAGAAAACAUCGUUUGCAGCGCUAUGAAGACAGACAGAAAGAACGCUUGGCUUGCGUAAUAAAACAGAAAGAAAUACUAGCUGCCAAAGAAAAAGAAUUAGAGGAAAAAACGGCCCAAGCUAGGCAAAUCUGCUCAGAGCGCAUAGAGGUCAGCAGAACUGUUAAGAGCCUUGAUGCAGAAAUGAAUCGCUUGAGAGCGAGCAUAAAUUCAGAAAAUCAUCGCCACGGAAACAGAGAAGAAAUAGUCCAGCAAUUUCAUGAUGCAAAGGAAAAAUAUGAGGAUGCAAACAGUACAGUGAAGCAUUUAAAGAAAUUUAUUGAGCUGCUGGAAGAAAUAAUGACACAGAGGUUCAAAAUGUACUGGCAAUUUUUAAGGCACCUUUCUUUACGAUGCAAACUCUACUUUGACCAUUUAUUACGUAUUCGAGCUUGCUCUGGAAAAAUACUUUUUGAUCACAAGAAUGAGACACUUUCAAUAACA